AAGCGAAACGCCCUACAGCGCCCUCCUCGUGUCUCUGGGGUAGCAGCCGAAAGCCCCAAGGUAAUCACAGCAAUCACAUUUUCGUCCGCCUUUCUCUUUCAAUUCCUUCUUCCGUUUGCGGUUUCCCUCAGAACGAGGAUCAAAAUUAGCAGCCGCAGUUCUCCCUUGUGAGGUCGGAGAACUCGCCUCCAAAGAAACCCUAGCGACGCACGGGUUUUAGCGAAAUCGAUCCAGGAAAAUAAAGCGAGGAGCAAAGUGCGCUGAGCCAUUGUCUGAUCUCACUGCUUUAGACGUGGACUAAUGGCUAGUUUCCCACAGCCGCCUGGAGCCCAGUCUGUUAGGCCUCCUCUAGCAGGAUCAACAGGUCCACCUCAAAAUUAUGGUCUACCUAUGCCAGUGCAGUUUACACCUGUUGGUCUAACUCAACAAUCUCAUCAGUUUAUACCAGCACCUUCCCAACAAUUCCAACCCACGCAAAGCGUGUCCUCUUCAUUUGUUGGAGUUCCUCCCCCUCCCCAAUUUGCUCCCCCAGUACAAAUACUUUCAAGGUCAAGUCAUCCUGGUCAAAGUCCAGUUUCAUCACAAACAAUUCCAGCUCCAUAUAUUCAAUCAAAUGCAUCUUUCUCUCCUGGGAUGCAGUCCCAGCAGAACUCUCAGUUUCAGAGCAAUCAUCUGGUUAAUCUAGGUGGUGGAGGAAUGCCUCUUUCUUCAUCUUAUACGUUCUCAACGUCUUAUGACCAGCAGCCAAAUACUGCGAAUGCCCCAUUGCAGUAUCAAUCAGUACCUCAGAUGCGAGCUUCUUUUCCGCCUGCUGUGGAACAAGCUUGGCGAACUUCUGGGGUUCCAGUUUCAGGCUCACUGCAUGCUGUCCAAACAUCUGCUGGGCUUCCAGAAACAAAUUCACUUCAGUCUGCUCAACAGUCAUCAGCUGUAGCUGCUGCAGUUUCUAUGACAAAUGUUCCAUCUAUCGCUACUCAGCAGUCUUCUGAUUGGCAAGAGCAUUUAUCCUCUGAUGGGAGAAGAUAUUACUACAAUAAGAAGACCAAGCAGUCUAGUUGGAAAAAGCCCGUGGAAUUGAUGACACCAAUUGAGAGGGCUGAUGCUUCUACCGCAUGGAACGAGUACACCUCUCCAGAUGGACGGAAGUACUAUUAUAACAAGCUCACUAAGCAAUCUAAAUGGACUAUUCCUGACGAACUCAAGAUAGCUCGUGAACAAGUAUUAAAGAUGGGAGUUCAAUCUAUACAGUCAGAGACUGGGGCAACUUCUCUUGGCUCUGUUUCUUUACCCCUUCCAGCACUUCAGACUUCUUCUGCGUCAGCAACAAGCAAUUUCACGUCUAUAACAACAUCUGCUAUUGGAUCAAGUCCGUCUUCAGCGAGCCUUGUUGUAAAUUCUGUUGACCCUCCGGGUUUGGUGGCAUCUGAAUCACCAUCUACUUCUGCUGUGCCUUCCACCGAAGUGCCUUCUAAUUCUCCCAUGCCUAAUAUCACUGCACCUAUCAACCCUGUACCUGUUUCAUCAUCUACGGCUUCUGUGGUUGUUGAGGAUACAAUGAAUACAACAGCAGAUGCUACAGCAGCAACAACAAAGACCAUUAAUGAGAAUUCAUCUCUUUCAAGUGUAGAAAAAGUGGCAGAUGGAAAAUCUCCAGAAGAUCUGGAGGAGGCCAAAAGAGCUACUCCACUUGCUGAAAAAGUCAAACUUGUUCAGAUAGAGGAUAAACUGAUUGUUGAAGAACCAUUGGCGUAUGCUAAUAAGCAGGAGGCUAAGAAUGCCUUCAAAGCACUAUUGGAAUCAACAAAUAUUGAAUCUGAUUGGAGUUGGGAACAAGCUAUGAGAGUCAUCAUUAAUGACAAAAGAUAUGGUGCGUUAAAGACACUUGGAGAGAAAAAACAAGUGUUUAAUGAGUAUUUGGGUGAAAGAAAGAAACAGGAAGGUGAAGAAAGACGCAUCAGGCAGAAAAAAGCGCGUGAAGAUUUUAUCAAAAUGUUAGAAGAGUCCAAGGAAUUGACAUCAUCAACUAGAUGGAGGAAAGCUGAGGCCAUGUUUGAAAGCGAUGAGAGAUUCAAUGCUGUUGAACGAGCAAAAGAUCGUGAAGAUCUUUUUGAAUCUUACAUUGCUGAACUUCAGAAGAAGGAGAGAGCAAAGGCAGCUGAAGAGCGUAAACGGAACUUCAUGGAAUACAGAGCGUUUCUUGAAUCUUGCGACUUCAUCAAGGCAAACAGCCAAUGGAGAAAAGUUCAAGAACGCCUGGAGAUUGAUGAGAGAUGCUCUCGGCUUGAUAAAUUUGAUCGAUUAAAAAUUUUCCAGGAUUAUGUAAACGAUUUGGAGAAAGAGGAGGAGGAACAACAGAAGAUACAGAAGGAGCAAUUGAGAAAAGCAGAGCGCAAAAAUCGUGAUGAUUUUCGCAAAUUGAUGGAAGAACACGUUGCUGCUGGCAUUCUUACAGCAAAAACUCAUUGGCGUGAUUAUUAUGCAGAGGUUAAAGAUUUUCCAUCAUACGUUGCAGUCUCAUCAAACACCUCAGGUGCAACACCUAAAGUUCUCUUUGAAGAUGUAACCGAGGAGCUAGAAAAACAGUAUCGUGAGGAUAAGGCACGAGUCAAAGAUGCAGUGAAAAUGGGAAAAGUACUCAAGAUCCCCUUGUUUUCUAUAUUUACUCAAGUUCAAUAUAUGUUGGCUGCCACUGAACAUGGCGAAUGCUUGUUUGCAAAAAAAUUAUCUGAGACUAACUUGAAGCUUAUAUUUAAGGAAUUGCUUGAAAAGCUGAGGGAAAAGGAGGAGAAAGAAGCUAAAAAGCGGCAACGUCUGGUUGAUAAUUUUUCUAAUCUUCUUUACUCAUCCAAGGAAAUAUCCGCAUCUUCAACAUGGGAGGAUUGCAAGUCAUUGCUUGCAGAUUGCCAACAACACAGUUCUGCUGGUGAAGAGAGCUGUAUGAGGGAGAUUUUUGAAAAACAUGUCUCACAUUUGCAAGAGAAAGCAAAUGAGAAGGAGCGCAAAAGAGAGGAAGAAAAGGCAAAGAAAGAGAAAGGGAGAGAGGAUAAAGAGAAAAGAAGGGACAGAAAAGAUAAGGAAAGAGAUCAUGAAAAGGAAAGGGGAAAACGACGAUCUAGAAAGGAUGAAACAGACAGUGAAAAUGUUGAUAUUGGAGAUAACUCCAGUGUGGAUGACAAAAGCAGGAGCAGGGACAGAGAGAGAAAACGUAGGAAACAUCAUCGCAGUGAAGCAGAUGAAGAGAAAGAUGAGAAAGAAAAGUACAAGAAGUCCCAUAGGCACAGCAGUGACCACAAGAAAUCCCGGAAGCGUGCCUCUGAAUCCGACGGUGAAAGCCAGCACAGGAAGCACAAGAAAGAUCGAGAAGGAUCGCACAGAAAUAGUUCCUAUGAGGAUCUUGAAGACGGUGAACUUGGAGAUGAUUGAGGAAUCCGUUAGUCCUCUUUUCCAUUUAGCUUUUGCUCUCCUGUCCAGUUUCGACAGAUUUCAAACGUGUCAACAUCUUGUAAUCACUAGUUACUGGAACCAUUUUUACGGAUAGUUCAUGGUAGCAUAUCUGCUCUCGGCAAAUUUCUUCAGUUAAGAGUAUGAACAAUGUAUGUACCUUAAUAUCUAUAAUAUAAGUUAUUUUUGCAUUCA